UGUUUCGCAUGUACUCUUGAGAGCUGCAGUGAGAAUCCGUGGUAGUGAGGCUGGUUUGAAUAUACAAAUGCAUUAUUUCUUGUAAGGACUUUAUUCCAUAACCGUUAGCUUGUUCACAGUUUUGUGAAUUUUGAUAAGGUUCAUACAUGUUACGAAUAUUAUAUUUUGUAUAUUCACCAGAUCGGUUUUAUCGCAAGGAAAGCCUUGAUAUGUUGAAGAUUUGCCGCAGUACAUUAUAAUAAGCCUACUAUGGAUUCUUUGGUGCUAAUAAGAAGGGCCUAAGUACGAUGUGAUUUAUAUUGACGAAUUCUCUGCAACAGAAGUGCACAGCAUGCCUGUGAAGAAAAGAGGUAUGAAAAGGCAGGGUACAGUGUCUCGCCUGACUGUAAAGAACAUAAAAAAACCAAAAUUAUCUCUAUCUCGUCCAGAGCCACCAUACACAAAGACACCAGGAGUUGUUCUCACGUUCGGUCAGGGUGAUGUUGGUCAGCUUGGUCUAGGAGAAGGCGUAUUGGAACGAGGCCGCCCAGCACUCGUGCCAAGUGUAGAACAUGUGAUAGACCUGUGUGCAGGGGGAAUGCACACAGUCUGUCUUACACAGUCUGGAGAGGUAAUAACUUUUGGCUGCAAUGAUGAGGGAGCGUUGGGCCGAGACACUAAUAAGGAAGGCUCAGAGAUGGAGCCAGGGAAAGUGGUCCUAGAAGGCCAUGCAGUACAGAUAACAGCUGGAGACUCGCACACAGCAGCACUGCUCAGUGACGGAAAGGUGUAUGCCUGGGGCUCGUUCCGGGACUCAAGUGGGUCUAUGGGCCUCACAUCAAAUGGGAUCCAGAAACAACCUGUUGAAAUGUUGCCAGGCAUUACCGUUGUGAAGAUAGCGUCUGGAGCAGAUCACCUCGUUAUGCUGAGUGAAAAUGGUCAGCUAUACACAUGUGGGUGCGGGGAGCAGGGACAGCUGGGACGCGUGACAGAGCGUGGCGCAAGCCGAGGAAGCAGGCAAGGCAUGGCCCAGCUGCUGUUGCCCAUGCUGGUGACCUUCAAGCCAAGGCAUGAACCUGAAUUUGAAGAUGUCUGGGCAGGCACUUACUGCACGUUUGCAAAGGAGAAAUCCAAAGGAGACAUAUACGUAUUUGGAUUAAAUAAUUAUAACCAGUUAGGUCUAGAAGAACAGAAGAGCCACUAUCAUCCAAUGGUUUCAAAAGCUUUCUCAGGAAAGAAAUGGGUUCAGAUCUGUGGUGGGCAGCAUCACAGCAUUGCACUAGACAGUGCUGGUGUGAUAUAUGCAUUGGGCAGAAAAGAAUAUGGACGCUUGGGCUUGGGGGAGGACUGUGAUGAUGCCAAGAAACUCAUCCCCAUCCCAGCACUGAAAGACAAGAAAUGUGUGGAUAUAUCGUGUGGAAGUUGUGCAUCCUUUGCUGUCACAGACAAAGGUGAGCUGUAUGCAUGGGGCAUGGGCUAUACCGGUCAACUGGGCACAGGCAAACAAGAGGAUGAACAUACACCACAGAUUAUCAAGGGCAAGCAGCUGGAGUCACGCCUUGUGCUGCAUGUCUCUGGCGGUGGGCAACACACCGUCCUGCUGGCCAAAUCAACCAACCAACAGAAUUAGUGCUUCUCAGCUUUAACAUUUACGGAAUUUUACUUUCUCUGAUUAGAUUUCGGUAUUAACACAUGCAGAGUGCAUAAGCAUGGUAUGAUUCCGUUCUCUUCCUAUUUUAGCGAUGUCUUUUCAUCUCAUAUCCUGAUCCAGUUAUUUCAGUAGCUGAUACAUUAUUACAAAGAAUUUAUAAAAAUUAAUGGCAAUUCUUAAGAAACAUUUUUAUCUUACCUUUCAAAUAAAAUAUUUGUGAAUGGACUUUUAUACUUUUGUUCAUGGUCUAAUAGAUAAUGAAAAAGUGUUGGUACGUAAUGUCAGCAGACAGCAGGCACAGAUUUUGUUAUGUCAUUGACUGUCUCACUGCACUGGAGCUCCAAGAAAUAAGCUAAACAAGAUAUUUUAAUAUUGGGCUGUGUGGCUAUCGGGGCAUAAGAAUUAAACAGAAAGUAUGUCAGUCCCUCGUAGUGCUCAGUUGAGCAUUGCAAGAGAAGUACUAAAUGUUAGUAACGUACAGCCAAUUGUUUAUAUUCAGCUCACUGGUACAGGGUAUAAGUUGAGGGGACAAUGUGAUACAUUAAAGGUUAAAAGUGUGUCCAUUAUAUAAUCUGUAUGACUGAUGUAUGAUGAAAGGUGAGAGGUUUAAAGCAUUAUUUCAACUGCACAUAAGAACUCUGCAAUGUGACCAGUUAUUGUUUACUUUGGAGUUUCGGGAACAAAUGAAACAGGCCAGUAAUGUUCCUUAUCUUAUUUUUGCUUUUUUUAAAAAAUUAGGGUGGAAGGGGAAGAGUGCUUAGCCGGAACAAAGGCCAACAGAGAUUAAUGGGAGUCGAACAAUUUUGAGAAGAUAAUCAAGUUUCAUAUAGUACAGUGAAAUUCCCAUAGUGGUUUGUGGUGACCAAGAUUUGAAAAAUAUUUAAAGUGAAGAUACUGUAAUGAUCUAACUCCUGUAAGUUCAGUGCAAAUGAAAUGGGAUAACAUCACUUAGUUACAUUUUACAGUGAAACAUGCACGUGUUACAUUUGAUAUGUUUGUUGGUUCACUGUGUUUCUCCCCGUGACUGGCAUUUUUAUUAAAUUUGAUGCUAGGAACUAAUCUGUUAUAAACCUGAGAAUCAUAGCAGAACAGCCUGUCUGUUAUAGAUUUAAAUUAAUUUUUUAGUGUCUCCUUAUACAAUUUUAAAAUGAAAUGGAAGAGAAUGUCACUGUGAAAUCAAAAUGAGUGCUGUUUAAGAAAAAUGCAGAGUUACAGGUGUCACAGUUUCAGUCAUAAAACUGUUGGAAUAUGUUUGGUAGGAAAUAAAGAUGGGAGAUUUUGAAGACCAAGAAAAGUGGACAUGGCAGGAAUUGUUUGUGCAACUCGCACAUGAGAUAAUAUAGGAAGUGCCCAGGUAGCACUGCAUUGCAGUUGUAAGUGAAGGAGACUGACUGCUGAGGUGCUUCUGGCUAGAAACUGUUUAAAAUGAAAUAUUCAGUGUGCACUGGGUGUUGCAGUUGUGGCACUACACUUGCAGUCACUGUGUCUGAAGGAACUGCUACUGAGAGGCAAGAUUGUAAUACAUUUACAUUGCACAUCUUGAAUGGCAUGGAGGCACUAGCAUUAGUGUGUAAGGAACAGCCUCUCACUUUGUUAUAGGAAUAUUUUGAACUUAUGAACUUUUAUACCUGCUUCAGGGCAAAAUCCUGAACUUUAACCCCCUAUUUGAGUGAAAAUAUGUGAGUUGCUGAUGCAUAAAUAAUAUGUUACAAUUUUGCUAAAAAUGUGAAGCUUGGAUAUAGGAAAAUGUAAAUCAAGACAAAAGUUUUCAUUUUUUCCCAUAAGAACGUGUGUUCUGUUCACAGCCUCAUAUUGGGUUACUGAACUUCAUGUAAAGUAUACAAAAUAUACUACAUUAGAUUUUACACACUUAUCCACAGUAUGAACUAGAGAUCCAUGAAAGAAUGGAUUCAAUUUUUAGUGUGGCUUGUGGUCUUCUAGCUAAUGAUGUCUUGUAGGUAGUUACCAACAUUUUGGAGGAAUGUAUUACUUCUUCCUUCAGGGUAUAAGUACAGAUGGAUGCAGUAUUUUUUUCUGAUAUGUUUCUAACCACCUGCAAGAUUGUAUGGCAUAAUAACCCAGAAGAACACAGUCCAAAAUUUCAUUACGAUGGAAAACUCAAAUCCCAUAUUCAUUUAACUGCUUUAGAGCUUCAUAAUCCAUAUUGGCUUAUCAUGGAAAACUGUGUUCAGCCAUACAGCAGUCCAUGUGGGAUAUAUGAUAGACGAAGUGGCAUUGUGGCAGGUUUGUCAAGGAACUUGCACUUUCCCAACCAUUCAUCAUUCCCCUGCCCAUACCAGCUGGCAUAAUAUCACAAUACUAAUCUUCAGCCGUGACUAUUGCGGAUGUUCAGUCUGUUUCAAAAAUCACUAACAAAUCCUUAUAGCUCCUCAUUAAUCAGGUGCUUCACAACAGAAAUACGCCCCCCAAGGAAAGAAGUCGGCAGUGUCAGAAGUUGUGUAGCCACAUGUGGAUAGUGGCCGAGCAAUUAACUGGAUUCAUUUUGUCAGUAUAGCUGGUCAGAAUGCUGAAGAACAGUAAUAAUGUACUGAAAUGAAAGUGUGGAUAAAUUAUGUUGUUUCAGCUGAAUGCAAGAUUUAAUGUACAAUAUUAAAUAAAGUUUUGUUCAUUUAA